AUGGGUAGCCAACUUGGGAUGCCUUAUCCUUACGGGGUUUCUCCUACUCAACCACCUGUCAUACUUUCGAAUGAAUCUAGAAGGGCGACUAUUGAUCCAUCUAUCAGCGACAAAGAAUCUCUAACGCCAUCAUCUGUUCCAGCAACUCAGGUGCCACCACACUCAUCACAAGAAGAGUGUGAAGUUGAGCUGGAGGAAAAUGAAUCGAAAAGAAGAUUUUGGUCUCCCGAUGAAGAUGUGGUCCUUGCGAAGUCAUGGGCAACUAUAAGCACUGAUGCAAUCAUUGGUAAUGACCAGAAGGAUCAAGCUUUUUGGAAACGUAUUGCUGAUUACUACAACAAACAUCGCCCCACUGGAUCUAUGACGAGAAGUUAUCAGCGUAUGAAAUCACAUUAUUACAGGGUUCUCAAAGACUACGAGAAAUAUACUCCACAAUCAGUUGCUCAUUACUCUAACAAGAAGGCAAGGACAUCCGAGUUAGGAGGAAACACUUCAACAUCAAAUCCAGAUACAAGUGUUGAUUUAGAUGACUCUGAAGUCCGCAUUCGUCCGAUAGGGCAAAAGGCAGCGAAGAGGAAGGGCAAAUCUAAAGCCAGAGAGAGCGACACAAUGGAACAUAACAUCGACAAAGAAUGA